GGUAGCGGAAGUCCCUCCCGACGGAAGCUCCUCCAUCAGUCACGGGGCUGCGGAGCUUCACCGGGCGCGGCCAUGGCGAACCACCUGCGCUUCGUGGGCCGCACGGUGAUGGUGCAGAACGGAAACGUGGAGGCGGCGUACGGCGUCCUGAACAGGAUCCUGGCGCAGGACGGCGUGGCCGAGGCGGUGCGGCGCUCCCGCUACUACGAGAAGCCGAGCCGGGCGCGGCGGCGGCGGGCGUUCGAGGCGUGCCGGCGGGUGUACUGCGCCGAGAUGGCGCGCAGGAUCGCCUUCCUGGCGCGGAGCGCCCGCCAGGACCCGUGGCCGGGCUGCUGAGGAGCGGCCGGCCCCAAUAAAGAGCCUUGGUUCCCGUUAA